AUGGCUCUUCUUCUCUAUUGUUGCUUCUUUACCGCUCUUUCUCUUGCUCAUGGAGCUUCAACUAUUCGCAUUGCUCCUACUCAGCCUCCUACAGGUUCCGAGAAAACCCGUUUUGGAAAUUCGACAAUGAAAUUUAUAGUGGCAGAAGCGCCAUUAAACGCACCUUUUUACAAUAACCCUCAAGUGAUUGAAGAUGCUUCAGUGGCUUUAGCUGCUCAAAGAACAUUCAGAAAAGAUCCCCUCAAUGGUUUCGAGAAAUAUACUGGAGGAUGGAACAUCAGUAACCAACAUUACUGGGCUUCUGUGGGCUAUACAGCUGCUCCACUCUUUGCUGUUGCUGGUGUCUGGUUUUUGGGGUUUGGCAUUUGUUUAUUGGUUAUAUGUAUCUGUCACAUUUGCCAUAGAAGCAAAUCUAUUGGAUACUCAAGAGUUGCUUAUGUUGUUUCCCUUAUCUUCCUCCUCCUCUUCACUCUUAUGGCAAUUUUCUUCAAUCUUUGGGAUGCAGGUCAUCGUUUACACUCUUGUGAUUCUUGGAUGGAUUUUGGUGACUGGUACAUUCAUCUUGAGCGGAACAUUCCUUCUGCUACACAAGUACGUCUCAAGAUUCUCCAUUAA